GAAAUACUCCUCGUAGUCAGAUGACCAAACGCUUCAUUUGUUAACCUGCUUUCGCAUGUGUUGGAAAAUGGAGCAUUCUAGAGCAAGGUAAAUGUGGUCUAGUAUCGUCAAAUGAGAGACCACGGUGUUGUUAUAAUGACGCCAUGGCUUUUCUCUGGUAAUAAUGGGUAAAAUUUCAAAAAGAUGCCUUCGAGUGCACUAUUCGAGUGUAAGUAACCGCGAGUGAAUUUUUCAGAGACGACAGAUGAGCUCGUUUAACUUGAAGUCUUGAAAAACUGACAAGUGCUUAUUCACACCAAGUCAAACGAGAAAUCAUGUCAUUACUUAUUUACAAUUUGCAUGAAAAAGGCAUCACAGAAAAACAAGACAGACGAAAUUUGGACAUCGUACGCGCUAAUUGUAAUUUGCACUCGUGUUUAUACAGCUUUGUGUAUCAUGACUCUGAGGCUAAAUGCUCCGCUGCCGGUCACGGUCUCAAAAUAAAUUAAAUUCUCGGCAGUCAGAAAUUUUCAUAGAAUCUCCACUAGAACGUUCCUGUAAUCUUCUUAAGAAUAACACACAUUAGUUAAAAAAAGAAUGUCAAGCUUUUUCAUAAAUUAUUUUUCUUUAUUGUUUGACAAAUUCUCCCAGCUUGUGCAUCGCUCGGUUGUCGCCACUUAGAAAUUUUACACUUCUGGUCAGACUGCCGAGCACGGACUCAAAUGGACUAAAUGCCCGGCAGUUAUAAUUAAAAUAUUCACCGAAAUGGAAUAGUGAAUGAAUAAUUAAUAUUAUUAUCUUGAUUUCACCAUGAUCUCUGACAGAGAUCAGUGAUAAGAAGUGUAAACAAUCUGUCAGUCUUAUUUCUGCUAUCACUGAUCAGAAGUUCUUUUAAAAUUUCCAGGUUACUAAAAGUACUAGCUCAACUGCGUAUGAAACAUGCACUUGCUAUUGUUAUGGUUCCAGUGAUGCUCCUUAUCAUCUACUACGUUUUUAAUGGAUUACAGGAUGAUAAAAAAAUGCUAUUUAAUCAAGUUACCCAGCAUGAGAAUAUGAAAAAAGGAAAUCCUACUUUCAACUUGGAAAGGAAUCUGCUAUUGGUGAGUUAUAACUUAUGGUGCACACUAUGGCAUUCUCAUGGUGUUGAGGAAAGAAUUGAAAGUCUUGUUGAGGGAAUAAAGGAUUUUGACAUUGCUCUGAUUCAGGAGGCAUACAUCUGGAAUUUUGGAGUGGCUGUGUUCAAAAAAUGUGCAUCACUCCUUGUUGUGGAAAUGGAGAAACAUGGAUUUCCCUUUAGAACAUCCAUCUUCGAUUUUGUCCCCCCCUUUGGACAGAGUGGAGGUGUUGUUAUAUUUAGUCGUAUACCAUUAGUAAGAACAAUUUCAAAACAAUACAACUCCUCAAUCCUCCAAUAUUUGGUCUAUAGAGGUUUUGUAGUUGGAGAGUUCUUCAUUAACUCCAAGCCCCUAUAUGUCAUCAACACCCAUUUAAAUCCUACAGGAGUUGAUUCUCGGGUUCAACAAGCAAAAGAAUUGGCCAGGGCCAUGAAAGACUUCAAUCUGAAUUCACACUUUGUUGUGGCUGGAGACUUUAACAUUGAUAACAAUUACCCCACAACUAGUAACAGUAGUACGGAAUUUAGAAAACUUCUAGAAACAAUGAGUGAAACAGGCCUCCACUCUGUUUUUCCAGUACGAAUGGAGACUAAUAUUGAUGGUGGUAACUAUGAUGCAAUGUUCAUUAGUUCUAAUGUUGCUGUGGUGAGAAAAGAGAUCAUUAAGCUGGUAACCAAAAAGAACAAAUUUGUCUCAGACCAUUUUGGCCUUGCAGUUGAACUAAAACUCUUGUAACAUACUUGCACAGUAAGCUUCAAUACAGUGUAAUUAGUCAGCUG